UACCAUCAGUUAUUAAAGAAUUAUUACUGUAUUUGGAUGUAGCCCUCAAUGCCAUCAGCUAUUUUUAGUAGCUAUCUUUGUGACCUGACUUGGUCCCGGCUGGCAGAGAUUACCGCUGAAUUAUUUAUCUUCACAUUUUUCAUUUCUUUUGAAUUGAUCACACACAUCGAUACCUCGAAUGAUUUCAACUACGUGGUUAAAAUAUUCAAUUAAAAUGAUACAAACACGAAUAUUGACGAUCGCUCUAUUCGCUCUCUGCGUAACCGAUUCCGUAUUCGCCGAUGAUAAUAACUUGAAUACAGCUUUUGGCAAAGAAGCAACCGUAUCAGGUGGAAUCAAAAACGAUGCCGGGGGUGCCUAUUCACUCGUUGCUGGAGGAAAAUUGAAUUCUGCGAAGGGAUAUACGUCGACUGUUUCUGGUGGAUCAAAAAACCAAGCAGUUGGCGACAAAUCUUACGUUGGUGGGGGUAUGAGUAAUAUUGCCGAUGGUAAAGAAUCUACCGUUGCAGGUGGUACGGAUAACUAUGCUCUGGGAGUUCGAGCCAGCAUUGCGGGUGGGUCAAAAAACGAUAUCACUCUAGAGAGCAAAGGAGGAACGAUUGCAGGUGGUUCGACGAAUGUUUUAAGUGGUGAAUACGGUGUCAUCGGGGGUGGUUUCCAAAACUUCGUAGCGGAACAUUAUGGCAUCGUUGCCGGCGGAGAAUCAAAUGCCGCCUUGACUAUGCACGCCACAGUUUCUGGAGGCAAUGACAAUGUCGCAAUGGGACAAGGAACAACUAUUUCGGGUGGUAGCGGCAACUUUGCUGAGCUUCCACAUGCAUCUGUUUCGGGAGGUUUCAAAAAUGUCGUAGCCGGUGAAUUUUCAUCCAUCAGCGGAGGUGAGACCAACUUUGUGGAAAAAAGGGGAUCUUCCAUUGGAGGCGGAAAAGAUAAUGGAAUAUCUGCUGAAUAUGCAACCAUUGCGGGAGGCAAGGAUAAUAUUGUCGUAGGAAGUUACGGUACUGUCAUUGGUGGAGAAGCAAAUGAAGCCGCGGGUGAUUAUUCUAUUGCUGGUGGAGCUAAGGCCAUCGCAAAAGCAAAUCGUUCCGCUGUUUUCAAUCUGUCACCUGAUCAAGUUGAAUCUAGUAGCGAGGGGCAAUUCCUUGUUGCAGCGAAUUCUUUUACUCUGAAAUUUGGAGACGGGGAUGAGUUCACGCUUGACGCGGCCAACAUCGAUAAACUUCGGAAGUUGCUUGGUAACGGGCGGCGGUCACUGCGAGGAGUACCAGAUUCCAAUAUAGAUUCUGAUGAAUAUUAUCAGAAAAAAAUUGAACACCUCCAACGCCAAGUUGAAGAGCUGCGACUCAUAGUUAAUUCGAUUGUUCCUCCCAUGUUCUGAUGAAAAUUUGACGGCGUCUUUACAUCCAAAAAUGUUGAAUUUGAGAAGUGAUAGAGUGUUAUCCAAAUAUAUGGAUAAAACGAUA